ACACUGUGCUUGAACUUUACUGUAAUAGAUGCCCUCCCCUUGAAAACCCACCAGCUUGGGCUUUAAACUUUUCAAUAUAUUUGGCAAGGGAGGUAUUUUGUGUCAGAAUUAAACAUGGCACUCACCGUUUUCUGUCCUAUGCUUCCUCAGUUAUGCAGAUGGCUUUCAAAUUUGGAUUAUAAACCAAAAUUCACCCAACAAGCCUUCAAUGUUCGGCAGAGAGACCUCAAGCAGGGAAACUGAGCUUUCAAGUGGUGUGCUCUCCUUCUUGGCACAAGGCCCUUAGAGAUACGAAUCCAUUAUUAACCUUCCAUCAGGCAUUUGGAAGGCCUGGUGGAUGUGGGUGCUGAGAAUUAUGAUGCUAAUGAGAUACCAAGAGCAGCAGAAGCCCUUGUUGGAUUUCAACGUCAAUGGAUUGUACCACUUCACUACUUCCUCCUUGCCACGUUACAGGCCCAGCUCCUGCACUAAUGUAUCCUCAAACUCUAUGACAUCAGUGUGCAAGUAAUCUCUGUGACAUCCGAUGCCAUAGAGCCUAAUAUAGAUACAACCAGACAACUGGGAGGGAAGGUGGAUGGGUCUACUGUCAAGUCCACUUUCCUUUAUUCAGCCACCCCAACACUGGAAAUUGAAUAUUACAGUACUUUAACCCCUAGCCAUUUGUUAUCGAUUCACAACUUGUUACAAGCUCAUGGCAAUUUUCAAAUGAAUGGCAAAGCUGUCAGCGGGGAAUGUAUUCUGCAUCUUGGUGCUCUCAGGAAAAAGGAAGUGUGCCAAGCUGGAGCCAACAGGCAGGAGCAGCAGAUAUGGGGAAAUGGCAUAACGCAGGUGUUUAGUCCAGUACAAGUCCUGCAUUUUGCAGCCAGACUAGGCCGGCCUCAGUUUCGUGGUCACGAAGCCACCAUCUUCUUUAUAGAACCGAGUGCUGUUUUUGAUGCAUGCAGCAGCUGCAACGCCCAUGGGGAGGGCCUCAGAGCACCACUGUCCUCUACCAAUGCUGUCACUUUUAACAGCCUCUGCAAUGAAUAUGAGAAUCUGCUUCACAAACUAGGCACAACUAUUGGAGAGCUACUGUGGCUAAGCAAUCAUCACUGGGGAUUUUUUGGCUUUCUGUUGAACUUGUGGAUGAUGCAAACUCAACUACUGGCAGAAGACAAACCCAUCACUUGUCUGCUUUCUGGUUGGUGGAUUCUGGAUCCCUUAGAGCAGUGA